AUGUCAUCAUCAGCUGGUACGUCGUUGAUAAUGGCGGAACUCCCACUCGUCUGGAAAAUCAUCGAUUGGUUCGAUGAUUGGGCGCUUCGGCUGGCGACUCUUGCCAGCUUGUUCUUGACAUCAAUCCUCAUGCUCUCCGCCGAGACUCGCCGGCACAACAAGUAUCCCUUUGCUAUGUUGUUGUUGUGGGCGGUGUACCAGGUCCAACCAAAAGUCACGGAGUACGCCCUCACCCAUCUCAGCAUCAGCAGCACCUGCUGCACGUCGACCUCAGCACACGAGCAGCAGCUGGUCUCCUUCUGGGCACCAUUCCUCCUCCUCCAUCUGGCUGGCCCGGACAACAUCGCCGCCUUCGCUCUCGAGGACGGCAAGCUCUCCUGGCGCAAGGUCGGCAAGGCACUAUGGAACAUAGCACAAGGCCUGUAUGUCAUGUUCAAGUACAUAUACCUUUGUAACAGUGGGGUUCUUCGCUCCGCGGCCUCCAUCAUGUUAGCCCUAGGUGUAGCCAGGUACUUGGAGAAGGUGAUCACCCAACUGCGAGGCAACUUUGACAACCUAUGGCACUCCGGCGACGACAGCAAGCAGAAGACAAGCACCGGCGAGUCUCUAGGUCAUGUAGUGAUCUCCUCAAGCUCAAGGCAACAUCGUCAUGGGAAAGAAGAAGAAGAGACGACUCUCCUGCUGAUCUAUGCUCACACUCAGUUCCUGGCUUGUGGCCGUCGUGCCAUGGCUGAUUCCUCCGUUGAGAAGGACUCGCCAAACUACAAAAUCGGCUGGGAGAUCUUCUCUGCAUUGGACGCCAAGGAAGUAUGCAAGGUGGCCGGAAUGGAGGCCUCUCUGAUGUACGACGUCCUGUACACCAAGGCCACCGUGGUCCACACCUGGGGAGGCUACCUCCUCCGCCUCGUCUCGCCGGUCGGCACGGCGGCAGCUUUCUCCUUGUUCCUUGUUCGAGGUCACCUUCGAAGCUUUGAAGGACUCAUGGGUUGA